UCUGUCAGCCUGACAGUAUAUUAAAGGCUCUGAAGGGGAGGAAACGAACAGCAGCUCCAGGGAGAAACCUCAGGCACAGAAAUCACCAGUGCUGAGGGACGUGUCCUGAGCCACCUUCAUCUUCGCCAUGAAGGCUCCCGUGUUAUUGCUCAUCCCUUUGCUGUGCCUGGCCAGAGCGGCUCCGAAAGAUGGCCAAGAGGAGCUGCCCGACGCAACAGCCGAGGACCUGCUCCAGAGCGAAGUGUUCCCGGAGCUGCCCUGGGACUUGCAGCAAGGGCCCAUGCUGGUCCAUGGGGCCCCUCUGGCUGGGGAGGCCGUGCUGCAGACCAGAGUCGGAGGCCCCCGCAUCACCACCUGUGGCAACGGCCCCUCCUGCCGGGCCCAGCCCUGGGGUCACAAGCUGGGUGACUUCCCGCCGGCCCGCCCCAGCGCCAGCAACAUCGACAACAUCUGCCAGGAGGGGAGGAAGAAGGUGUCGUACGGGCCCACGAACCUGCCCCAGACGGGGUUCUCCCACCUCAAGCGCCAAGGCGAUGCCAUCAACCUCCUGGAGGCCGGCCUGGAGCGGUGCUGCCCGCACGCCGAGCGCCUGGCCUGCGCAGAGAGCGCGUGGAAGGAAGCCCUGGAGCAGUUCUGUGACAACGAGUUCUCGGUGAAGACCAAGCACUACCACUGCUGCAAGCAGGUGGGCACCGACCGGGAGUUGUGCUUCGCCAGAGAGGCCCCGAACCCCAGCUACAACGCUAACGUUGCCAGCACCCUGCCCCCCAAUGGCAGGCUGUGGCCCAGGCUGCCCGAGAUCUCCUUCCCGCCCGGCGAGCCCACCGCCAGCAACAUCAAGAACAUCUGCAGGCUGCGCAAGUUCCGGCCCGUCUACCUGCCCAGUGCCAUCCCCACCACUGGGUACGGCUGGUUCCAGCGCCAGGCCCGCGCCAUCACCCGCCUGGAGAACGACUGCAAGAAGUGCUGCAAGAAUGAGAAUGUCAACUGUGCUCAUGCUGCGUGGGAGAAGGCCCUGGUUCAGUUCUGCAAGCAGGAGCUGUCGGUGAAGACCAAACCCCACCAGUGCUGCAAGGAGGCUGAAGGCAAGGCCAGGUUCAGCUGUUUCUCCAGCCAAGCCCCAAACCCGGCCUACGACAAGGAGAUCCAGGCUGUCACCCUGGGCGUGGUGACCCCGGCGCUCAUGGACGUGCUGUGUGGGGAAAUCAAGCUCUUCACCAAACAGAAACCAAUCCCAGACAUGAUCCAGAGCAUAAAGGAGCCCUGCUGCAGCCUUCAGGGUGAGGAGAGGACGCAGUGUGCAGAGAAAGAGAAAGCCCGUUCCAUCGCCGCCCUGUGCACCACCCAGAAGGACUCCUGGAAGGACAAGGAUCAGUGCUGCUCCCAGGAGGAGGAGGAGGACAGAGCCGACUGCUUCAAUGCCAGCUACCUGGCCAGCAUCUUCCUGGCCAGCACGGGCCUGGGGCAGGUCCCCAACGAGCCGAGUGUGGCGCCCUAAAAGGACAGAAAGACCCAGAACUGUCUCCCUUGCGCAUUCGCGUAUCACUGUGCUCCCUUCUCCCCCGCGCUCCCCCCAGCUGUUUCCAGCCCAAAGCUGGGCGGCAGCUGGCCGUUGCUGUCCUGGCCUUCGCUCUCGAAGAACGUGAGCACUGAGGAGAUGCUUAAGGGAUUCCACCAGCGCUUGGCUCCUUUCUGGAUUGUGUUUAGUGCCGAUCCCCCGGGCCCUGGCUCCAGCUGCGUUUCUCUGAUCUCGAGGCAGCCCUGUCCCUGCUCCAAUCCCCAUCCCCUGGGGUGGCAGCAACAGAUGAGCCCAGGUUCUUGUGUCCCAUCCCCCCAGCCCUGUAUCCUGCCUGACCCCCCGCCCCCCGUUGCAAGCUCUGGCCCUCUCUUCUGCAACACGUACGCAAAAGGCCCUUAACGCGGGUUGAUUCCUUCACGGAGCCGGGAGAGCGAGGAGGCUUUGAGAUGGGAGCUGAGUGGGUGGGUUUGGCUGCACCUAACGGCCGGCGCCCCCUACUGGCCGGCUUGGAGCUUUCGGGCGGCGAGAGGCAGCCAUCUAACUGGCUGGCUGGCGGCUCUCUGGGAGUGUGAUACAGAGCAGCAGGCUCCAGCCCUGGCUGGGAUCUGCGCUCUGGGGUCCUUCUGGGAGCUAAUUCCGAGCAGGGUGUCCAAGGGGAGCCGCAGUUUAUGUGGAUUCAGCCUGAACCAGCUGGUCGGUCUCCUGGGAGAGCCUGGGCUUGGGGUUUUGUACAGACUGAGAUGGGCGAGAAGCAAGGAGUUGGGAAGCGACGGAGGGGACUAAACACCCGAGCUGCUUCUCCCGUGAGCCGUCGGGCAGCUGGGAGAGCCCCUUUCCCCUUGAUCCAAUUUGUCGGCCCUGGGGGGAACCCAUCACCCCCGCUCUGUGCAGUGGCGGGGCCUGCUCAGCAUUCUCCGCUAGCGCCCGAGCUGGCUUUGGGGAUGCGCAGGGCAGCGGGAUCUUGAUCUCCCGGUGACUCUGUGGUGUCCCCUUGCACUUGUAAUCUGUGUUUGUACCUUAGCCCGGAGACUGUAUCAACUCUUCUCUGCCAAAGGCUCUAGGGAGAUUCCUAAUAAACCUUUUUGAUGA